AUGAGCGGCCAGGCUGCGCCGGCGACGGGCCGCAUGACGGUGCUCAAGUGGGUGCUCGACACGCGGCCGCUGUGGCCCGAGGCCAAGCAGACCAAGGACCUGACGACGACGACGGCCGCCCGCGCCCUCGCCCUGCUCAACGCCCAGGAGCGCGACCAGGUGCUGCGCUUCUACUUCGUCAAGGACGCCAAGCUGGCCCUCGGCUCCGCGCUGCUCAAGCGCCUGGCCAUCAGCCGCCACGCCGGCGUGGCCUGGGACGACGCCGGCGGCUGGACGCGCGACGCCCGCACCAAGCCCGUCUUCCGCCGCCCGCGCGACGGCGCCGAGCCGCUGCUCUUCAACGUCUCGCACCAGGCGGGCCUCGUCGUCCUCGUCGGCAUCCACCACCGCCCCGCCGACCAUGAGGGCCACGUCGCCAUCGGCGUCGACGUCGUCUGUCCCGCCGAGCGCCGCGAGCGCGACCUGUCCACCAUUGCCGCCGAGGGCUGGGCGCGCUACGUCGCCGUCCACGACGACGUCUUCUGCCCCGCCGAGGCCGCGCGCCUCGUGGCCUUGCCGCGGCUCCUCGCCGCCGCCGCCGACGACGACCGCCUCCUGGCUUACUUUUACACCCUGUGGUGCCUGCGCGAGGCCUACAUCAAGAUGACGGGCGACGCCCUCCUCGCCCCCUGGCUGCGCGAGCUCGACCUGCGCUACUUUGCCCCGCCGGGCCAGUCGCCGCCCGAGGACCGCGCCCUCGAGAUUUGGUUCCGCGGCCAGCGCGUCGACGACGUGCACAUGCGUCUCGAGGCGCUGCUCGAUGGCUACGUGAUAUGCACCGCCGUUCGCUGCGGUCAAGACCAUCGCACCGACGUCGAGGCCCAGGUUGCUCAGCCCGCUGCUCACCUGAAUUUGGAUGAGAUUCUGGCCGAGGCUGAGGCGGCCAGGGCCCCUCGUGUUGGCGAGGGGGGUGCCGGGCCGCCUGGGCGGCGAUAG